GUCGACUUGGUUGCUCUCGUGCCCCGCUAGUCCGUCCGGGGGAGCAGAAGAACAACUCGACGGAAAGUCCCAACUAUGGAAGGCGACAACAUAAUAAUAAUGCCUGUUUGACUCGGGGACAUUUUCCAAGAUGCCAGGCCUUUUGUCCAGUCCUGUGUGUCUGACAGUCAUCUGUUUUUUAUCUUGGUCGCUGCGUCCCGGUUGUGCUCAGAUUCGGACUGAUGAAGUGUCGGGCGUGCAGUACGGGCACAUGCAGUCCAACGUGACACUGGCCUGCGGGAAGUCACAAAUCGGGGUGCCUGUGGCGUGGCAUCUCAACCACAGCUCGGCGCUGCCGCGGCACAGAGUGACUCCCGAUGGCGCCCUGGUCCUGUUGCACGCCGACCUCUCGGCACAGGGCAACUACAGCUGCCACGACGACCGGGGGCUCCUCCUCCACUCCGUCAUACUCAGGCUGGGCCACAACCCAGGGCUGCUGAGCGUUUCCUGUCAAGUGCCCAACCACACGCAUGUCCGCUGCUCCUGGACGGAAUCGGUAAAGACCUUCCUGCCAGCCAAGUACAACGCCUCCUUCAGGGGGACUGGUCAGGAGUGGAGGCCAUGCGUCCUGGAUCUGGCCCACAAACACUGUGACGUAGAUCAUCCCGCUUUCUGGCAGACCAUCCAUACCCUGAGAAUCACUGAGAGCAACGCCCUGGGGUCCGAGACCACGUCUGUCCGCUUUAGGUUACACGAGCUCUUGAAACCAGACCCUCCAGAGUCCCUGCUGGUGGAGGGCCUCGAGGGCCAUCCAAAGAGGCUGAUCGUCUCAUGGAAGUUCCCUGCCUCCUGGCCGCUGCACGAUGCAUUCCCCCUCAUGUUUCAGAUCAGAUACAGGCCCCAAGGCUCCGUAUACUGGUCGGAGGUUUUCUCCGAGGACGGUCCAGUCGUGAUCUUUGACGCCCUGGCUGGUCACCUCCACCAAGUUCAGCUUCGGGCCCGCGACGAGGUGAACUCUGACAGCCAGUGGAGUGAAUGGAGUCCCCUGUUUGUCGUCAGGCCGUGGGAAGUCUCCUCCACGUCUGAGUCUCCAGAGGAGCAGCCAGAGGAAAGAUUUCCAGACAAUUUUUUUCCCUUCAGCACAAAACCUGAAAUCGCAACCGCAAAGUCACACAAUUCUGUACAUCCUGAGGAUGAAGGGAAUUUGGGUUUGGUGAUACUGCUGGUUUUGUUCUCCGUGGUCAUCCUCACCACCGUCCUUUCCCUCAUCUUUGUUAUCUGGGUGAGACAGAGGCGGCGCGAUCAUGUGACCAAACAGGAACUCACCUCUAUGGUCAAGAUGAAGUCCAUGCCAAUCUAAUGUUGAUUUCAAGCAUCUUCUCCUUGUCGGCCCGUUCUAGGGCUCCUCCCGAGAGUCGGCCUUUGCCUGGACCACUGCAGCAAGCUGACCGUCCGUAUUCAACUACAUUAACCAGAAUGCAUCUGCCAUGGUCCAACCAGGAUCCAAGACCGGGAUGAACCCGUGCAGGGAACUCUGUGGGGUAGGGUAAAGUUACCCAGUGUAAAAGCUGACCGGAGGGUAUGUUUUGCAAGACUUCCCCGGACAAAUCUAAACAGUCACAUUUAGCUGCACAACCCAUAAUGCAUCAGCAGACUAUUUCUACUGUCCUUGGCUUCAGGAGAAAACAGACUAGUCAGUUCAGUUUUUUGUUUCAAUUCAGCAACGUCACUGUUCAAACCUCAGCGGACCGUAGGAGCGACACUGCAUCAGGACAUUUGAGUUCACUCACAACCAAUGCUGCUUCAGGUGGACUGGCUCCUCCCCCUUUAUGUUUUUGGAGAGGAGCAACAUUUUUGGAACUUUUAAGCAAGGAAUGAAGUGCAGCUGCCAAACAGGAGAACAUAUGCUCUUUUUUUUUUUUAAAUUUGUGGAAAAGGGAAGAUUUCUUUCUGGAGACAACGAUCCUCUCUGCUCCCCGCCCAGAACUCCUCACGAUCCUUUAUUUUGUCUUUAGAUUGACGAAGAGGAGUCACAGAUUAAUGUGCGUCCGUUAUUACAACGACUGACCCACCGACUCAAUGCUGUGAAGGAAGCAUAACUGCCAGUCUCUCUCUGUGUGUGUGUGUGUGUGUGUGUGUGUGUGUGUGUG